GACGUCAGCAGCCGAAUGGCAACAUUGUGGCGAUGCUGAGGCGCCGAGUCUAGGAGACGCGUCCGUCAGUCAGGCCCGCGCGGUUGGUCGCCAGGAGGAGGAGCUGGGGCGGGGAGAUCGGCUGGACGAGCGGCAGAGACUCACGCACACCACCGGCCGACCCCGCGGGACCCCCGCCUCGCCUCCGGAGCGCCACAGACGCGGACCCGCGGCCUCGCGCGGGGGGCGGCCGGGCGGCUCGAGGCGCUGCGCAGCGCGGGGCUUGUAAACAGAUCCGGCCGCACGUGAUCAUGUGAACUACCUGCUUCGGGACGCGUAUUGUCUUUCCCGGGAGCCGCGCCACAAAGGAGCUCGGGGUCCGGGUGCGGAGGGGCGGGCGACGGGGCCAGCCGGCGGCGCGCUAAGAUGGCUGAAGGCGCCCGGCGAGGGUGAGCGGGGGGCGCGGCGCAGCCAGCCGGGGAGUCCUCGGGCGGGCAGGGCCGGCGGCCCGCCCCCGCGGCCCGGCGCCGGAGCCACCAUGUCGUUCGCGGUGGAGGAGACGCUCGAGUCGGACUGGGUGGCUGUGCGACCCCAUGUGUUCGACGACCCCGAGAAGCACAAGUUCGUUUUCAUUGUGGCCUGGAACGAGAUUGAGGGCAAGUUUGCCAUAACCUGCCACAACCGGACGGCCCAGAGGCAGAGGAGCGGCUCCCGGGAGCAGGCGGGGGCGCGAGGGGGCGCCGAGGCCGGCGGAGCCGCGUCCGACGGGACCCGAGGGCCGGGCAGUCCGGCCGGUAAGGGCCGGGCCGAGGCCACUGGCGCUGCGACUGCAGUGAGGAGCCCCGGGCCUCGGCGGAGCCCAGCCUGGGCGGAGGGCGGCUCUCCGCGGAGCGCGCGCAAUCAUCGGGGGGAUCCGCUGCUGCGGAGUCCGGCCGGCAGAGGGGCGGAGAGUUCGUUGAAGAGCCCCGUGCGGGCCAAGCCCACCCCGGCCCGGAGGGGAUCUGCAGGCAGAGAUGCGGCGCCUGCGGCAGCCCCGCCGACGCCCAGGGAAGCCCCGGUGUCCUCGGUGCGGUUAGUGAGCGCCUCCGGGGCGGUCUCCGAGGAGAUCGAGGUGCUGGAAAUGGCGAGGGAGGACGAGGCGCCCCUUGGGCUCCCGGACGCGGAGCAGCCGCCGGCCGCCGCCGAGCUGGAGUCUCCGGCCGAAGAAUGCAGCUGGGCCGGGCUCUUCUCCUUCCAGGAUCUGCGCGCCGUGCACCAGCAGCUGUGCUCCGUGAACUCGCAGCUGGAGCCGUAUCUGCCCGUGUUCCCCGAGGAACCGUCGGGCAUGUGGACCGUGCUGUUCGGGGGCGCCCCCGAGAUGACAGAACAGGAGAUCGACACUCUGUGUUACCAGCUCCAAGUGUACCUGGGCCACGGCCUGGACACCUGUGGCUGGAAGAUCCUCUCCCAGGUGCUGUUCACCGAGACCGACGAUCCCGAGGAGUAUUACGAGAGCCUCAGCGAGCUGCGGCAGAAGGGCUACGAAGAAGUGCUGCAGCGGGCCAGGAAGCGCAUCCAGGAGCUGUUGGAUAAGCACAAAAAUACAGAGAGCAUGGUGGAGCUUCUGGACUUGUAUCAGAUGGAGGAUGAAGCCUACAGCAGCCUUGCAGAAGCCACAACUGAACUCUAUCAGUAUUUACUACAGCCAUUUAGAGACAUGAGAGAACUUGCCAUGCUACGAAGACAGCAGAUCAAGAUUUCCAUGGAGAAUGAUUAUCUGGGACCCAGAAGAAUUGAGAGUCUACAAAAAGAAGAUGCUGAUUGGCAGCGGAAAGCUCACAUGGCUGUACUGUCUAUUCAAGAUCUUACUGUCAAGUAUUUUGAAAUAACAGCUAAAGCUCAAAAAGCUGUGUAUGAUCGAAUGCGAGCAGAUCAGAAGAAAUUUGGUAAAGCGUCAUGGGCAGCAGCUGCUGAACGUAUGGAAAAACUCCAGUAUGCAGUUUCUAAGGAGACUUUGCAGAUGAUGCGAGCUAAAGAGAUCUGUUUGGAACAGAGAAAACAUGCAUUAAAAGAAGAGAUGCAGAGUUUGCAGGGUGGUACAGAAGCCAUAGCCCAACUGGAUCAGUUAGAAUCUGAUUAUUAUGAUCUGCAACUUCAGUUGUAUGAAGUACAGUUUGAAAUCUUGAAGUGUGAAGAGUUACUAUUGACAGCACAACUGGAAAGCAUCAAAAGACUUAUAUCAGAAAAGAGAGAUGAAGUAGUAUACUAUGACACUUAUGAAAGCAUGGAGGCCAUGCUGGAGAAGGAAGAGAUGGCAGCAUCUGUGCACUUACAGAGAGAAGAGCUGCAGAAACUUCAGCAGAAAGCACGCCAGCUGGAAGCAAGACGUGGACGGGUUUCAGCCAAGAAAGCCUACCUCAGAAAUAAAAAGGAAAUUUGCAUUGCAAAACACAAUGAAAAAUUCCAACAGCGCUUUCGGAGCGAAGAUGACUAUAGAACCCAUCACACAGUACAGUUGAAGAGAGAAAAAUUACAUGAUGAAGAAGAAAGAAAAAGUGCGUGGGUUAGCCAAGAGAGACAGAAAACGCUGGAUAGACUUCGAACGUUUAAACAGAGAUAUCCUGGGCAAGUCAUACUUAAAUCAACCAGAUUACGACUGGCUCAUGCAAGAAGAAAAAGUGCAGCAAGUCCUGUGUCCCUUGAGGUCCAGUGUGACUCUCUACCAGAAGUUUUGCAGAUAGAAGAGAAAACUGAAGAGAUGGGAGAAGGAAGAGCCAAGUUUGGGUCAUCACAGACAACAGAACCCCAGAGCCUUGCACAACUUGAAGAUACUUCAUUAGCACAACUUGAAGCCACUUCAUUACCUCUCAGUGGUGUUACCUCUGAACUGCCUCCCACUGUCUCUCUUCCACUUUUGAAUAAUAAUGAACUUGAACCAUGUUUUGUUAGCAUAGAUCCACUCCCACCACCUCUUUAUCCAUCACCACCUCCUCCACCACCACCCCCGCCCCCUCCCCCACCUCCACCACCUUUGCCUGUUGCUAAGGACAACGCCCCAGAGACACUGGAGAAAGGUCUGCCCACCAAGGAGGGGAACGAGAAGAGGAUCCCUAAGUCUGCCAGUGCCCCCUCAGCACACCUGUUUGACAGCAGCCAGCUUGUCAGUGCCCGGAAGAAGCUCAGAAAGACUGCUGAAGGCUUGCAAAGGAGGAGAGUGAGCUCUCCCAUGGAUGAGGUGCUAGCUUCCUUGAAGCGUGGUAGUUUUCAUCUGAAAAAGGUUGAACAGCGAACUCUGCCUCCUUUUCCUGAUGAAGAUGAUAGUAAUAAUAUCUUGGCACAAAUAAGAAAAGGGGUAAAAUUGAAGAAGGUACAAAAGGAAGUUUUGAGAGAAUCCUUCACACUUCUGCCUGAUACAGACCCUCUAACACGGAGCAUACAUGAAGCUCUCAGAAGAAUUAAAGAAGCAUCCCCUGAGUCAGAAGACGAAGAGGAGGUUUUGCCUUGCACAGACUGGGAGAACUAACAAGCAACUUAACAGAAAGAAGAAAAAUACCUACAGUUGAAGAUUGGUUCUGAUUCUUUUGGAAAACAACAGUUUAAGCACUUGAUUCCAGAAAUUGGAUUCCAUUAGAUCCAAAGUGUAUAGCCUCAUUGGGGUGGGGGGGGGAGGAAGUACAACUGGCAGAUUAUUGCUUUCCAGUCAUUCCAGUAGAUGGUGGUUAACAUAAGUUUAAGUACAAUGUUUGACUGCAAUCAAGGAAAGGCCUUCUGGAGAUUCCGGUUUUUUAUGCAUCUUCCCCUCCUGUCCACCCAUUUACAUCCUUGUAGUGGCCAAUUAAGCUAGGGGUCAUGAUGAACUGGAAUAACACUGGGUUGACAGAUCUACUGUGAGCUGUAUUGGGACUGCUUUGAGAUCCAUCUUUCAGUGCACUGAAAAAUCUGAAAAUACAGAGCUUCUUCUAUAUAAAUAGUGUGACACUGAAAAAAGUGUAUCAUCAUAAUAGCUAUAUAUCAGGAAUUAAAAGAAAAUCACAUGGAAAUGCACUUAAAAGUUCAUAUCACUCAUCUCCAAAGGAAUUUUCAUAAAGAUGUUCAAAAACAUCUGAAAAGAUACAUAGCGAUGGAGAUACACCUAUUAAUGUGUUUACCACAACACGAUACAUUUAACAUGGCAUAUUUUUAGAAGGCCACACAAUCUUACACUUUGUAAGGUUUUGAAGUAAAAAAAAAUUUACUUUUAAACAGCUCUUCAUAUUCAGAAUUUAUAAUAGUUUGAAUUUUAUGUGCAGCAUCGUUUAUGAGAAGCAAUACUUCAUAAUUUGAUAAUAUUUCAACUUAUUUUUAGUCUUUUUUUCUUUGAACUAUUGCUUGAUUACUGUAACUCACAUGACUUUCCUAUUAAGAAUCAAAAAAUCAAGAUUCAGUAAUAGGGAUGCAGAUCUUAACUCUUUUUAUCAUGCACCAUUUUAAGUUUUUGUUUUUAUGCUCCACGGUGAAAAGCAUGUUCUCUACAAAGAUGCAGAAACUAGACAAGCAGAAAAGUCUCCUUGGCUGGCAUUUCACUAUCUUCAUAUGCUUUGAAUGGAAUUUUAGGAGAGAACCUUUGUUAUUGUCACUAAGUUCUUAAAUGUAUGUAUGUAGCUCUAGGUGCUGAUUUGUUAUAAUGGAGUCCUGAAGGAUACAUUUAUAUGAAUGGAGACAUUAUGGAUUUUCAGCAGGGCUGUUGUGGGCUUGAAUGAAGGUAGAUAUAUGGGACCCAGUUUAUAGUACUCUGUAGAGUGUAAUUCUGCAUAAGAUAGGUCUUUGCCUUUAUAUGGAGGGAGCUAAGGACAGAAGUACCAAAAAGAACUUUAUUUUUUAUAAGGCAGUUCUCUGGCCCAGACCCAGACCCAGAAAGCAGUACUAGAGUAAAAGCCCUCCAAUGUAUAUGAAUUGGUGUUUCUGAAGAAGAAAAUGCUCACACCCUUGUCAUUUUAAAAUGAGAUUUUCUGGGCCAGCCCGUGGCUCACUUGGUAGAGUGUGGUGCUGACAACACCAAGGCCAUGGGUUCAGAUCCCUAUAUAGGGAUGGCUGGUUAGCUUGCUUGGGAGAACGUGGUGCUGACAACACCAAGUCAAGGGUUAAGAUGCCCUUACCGGUCAUCUUUAAAAAAAAAAAAAAAAAAAAUUUUUUUCUUUAAAAUAAUUAUGGAGAAAAUUUUCUGGCAGCAAGUUAUAUGAAGCAAAAUCUUUCUGCUUAAAUGUUGAUAAUGUUUAUUGAUGAGACUAGGAGCUUCUAUGCAGCAUUUUCAUAAUACAUUGGUUUUAAUCCUAGCACUAUUUCUACAUCUUGUCUGGGAAGAUUAGAAGUACAAAUCUAAUAUAUAAAUUUCAUCCCAUGGUUGGGGGGCUGGGGAGGUCGUUGUCCUAUAUACCUUCAGUAAAGCACUAAAACAUGUUUUUUUUAACCCAAAGAGUGAUUGGUUAGAUUGUUAAUAUAUUUGAAAAAUUUUAAAGCAAAUUUGAAAACCUUUAAAAAAUCGUAUAUCAUUUUUAGGCUAUCCAGUUUUUCAUGUAUCCAGGUUUUGGACGCUUGUUCAUAACCUAAGUUUUUUCCGUUUAUUCAACUUUAGAAAAGUACAGAAGGAUAUAGUGUUAGUUAAAUUAACAAAAAACACUGGGACCCUCAUAUGCUCUGGAUUGCUACCCAUUUAGUGUUAGAACUAGAACUCCAUUAUAAAACAGGCUCACUUAUAGGAGGGUCCUGCGCUCUGUCUUCCUGAGCCAUGUUGUAAUAAGUCUCUAGCAAAUAAUAGAAGGUGUAUAGAACUCUACUAACCCCUGUAGGGAUACAUCCACAGCUCUCAGCACAUCCCAUGAGAGUUGCCUCACAUUUGAAGAUAAGGUGGGUAAAGCAGAGCCUUGUUGAUAGCCAGCUGUGCACAUUCUCUGAUAAAUAACUUUCUCUAGCACACCCAUUUUCCCUCCUCAAGAUUCAGCUUUCUCCUUACACAAAAUUACAAAUUAAAGCAGGUCACAAACCUUUGGAGUUCUUUACAGAUAAUACUAAAAUUUCAGAUAAUUGGGUCUUCUUGUCCAUCAGAUAAGAUUACCAGUUGAGAACCUUCAUUGUUAAUUUUAAAGCAGUUUCAGAACCCAAUAAAAAUUGUGUAAGCAAUGGUUAGUUGUUUAUCCUUGCCCCUGGUAAAAUGAGGAUCUUUGUCCUUAAUAUAAAAUUUGUUUAUAUUUAGUUAUCAUGGUACUUAUAGAUGAUCACGUUUUCAGUUCCAAUCUCAGUCUUGCCUGUACUUUUUAUAUGGUUCAAUAUAUUUGACAGUUAUAUUUCUGUUAUUGUAUCAUUUCUAUACCCACAAACCACCUGCUUGCUUAUGCUGAAUCAGUUUAGAAGUUAAUUAACCAAUCUUGUCUCAACUGCAGUUUAUUUGAAAUAGGGAAAACAAAUAGAUGAUGACUUUAGGAUGUUUGAGAUUAAUGUUACUGCUCACUUGAAUGUCCAUUUCAAAUAUUUCUCCUACUAAUGUAACCAAAAUUAUGUAUAUAUAACCAGUGCAGCAUAUAAAAAAAAGUAUUCCUAAUGAUUUAAAAUCCUGGUUGUCUGUAUGAGGAAAUGCCUGGCUAAAUGGGAUUUCUGAAAGAUGAACAAUUGUUUGGCUUAUUUGAGGUAAAUUUUGUAGGCUUAUAGAAUUUGUGAGCAGCAUAAAAACAGUUAUCUCUUAGUUCUUCAUUGUGGAUCUGAAAUAUUUCUAUAAAAUUCAUUUCUAAGGAGACUUAGACACAACUGUAAUAGCUGACAAGGUGUAGUAUUUCCACAGAGGAAAUACAGAGCUUUUCCCAUAACAUGAAAUCAUAGAAAAUUUUCAGCACUUUCACUUACUCUGUAUAAUGAGGGGGAAAAAAUUCUUGUUUCUGCGAAGUUGAACUAUGUAGCAAUAUUUGGUAAUGUGGCAUGGCCACUAAAAGUCAUACAAUGUGUUAAAUUGUAAAGCAUAGUUUGGCCAUAGUAGACAUUAAUAAUUAAAACUCUUAAAUCAGUGGAACAAAAACUAAUGAGCAGCAUCUAUCUAUUUGGAAUGAUAUCAGUAUACAAUUAAUAAAAUUUAGUUUUAUACAUUCCCUGAGACUCCAUUUUUUAAUUGUUGUAUAAAUUUAAGUCAAUGCUGUUAGCCUAAGGAAAGCUUUUUUGUUCACUAAAUGUGAGUAUUUUAUCAGCUUUAUUAAUUAUUAUGCACUUAACAUGAGAUACCAACCUGUAAAGUACAAGUACUAUUGGGUCCUUAAAGGCCCUGUCAGGGAGGUGAAAUUUCAUACACUUUACCAGGUUAUUUGUAAAAACUGAACAGCUGUAAAACAUUUCAGAACUAUUGCAGACACAUUGUUAAGAUGCCACCAUAAAUUUUUUCUAAUUCUUGCACUGAAUAUGAAUGAUAAUAUAAAGUAAAAUGUGCAUUUAAAAUAGAUUUCCCAUUUAUUGCUUAGCAUAGAAAAAUAAAGUGUUUAGUAACACUAAGAUUAAUCAGCAAGAUUUAUUUCAGAUGGAAGAGGGGUAAGAAAGUAGAAGCACCUUACUAUGGAGCAUGUUGCGUUUAUUUAAUGCUACUGAACAAUUCAGUAGUUAUUUCCGAACUUUGCUGCAAAGUGCUCUUUAGUUAAAGCACAUUAAGACAAGUCUCUGCUUGAUUGCUUUGUAAAAUGAAGCAAUGAUAUUUUUUAUCCUAUAAAUAUAGUGUAAUUUAAAAGUUUUUCUUAUAAAAUGGGUUUAUAUUGCUGCCUAAACUGUCAUGUAUGUAAAGGUUUUUAAAGGUGGGAGGGAGUCUGGAUUAAUUGUGUGUGCGUGUAUUAAAUGUUUGUCCAUUGAAUUAUUUCAAAGAUGUUUAUUCUGAAAUUUUCUGUUUUGCCCAAAGUAAGUGUACAACUUGCAUUUGUAGAAUUUGAAUUCCAAAUUUAUAAAUGUUUCUUCCCUUCUACAAACAUUUCACUGUAAGGUGCAUGUACAGGAAAUACCUCUGAGGUUGACAUGCUAAAUAUUUUAUGAAUGGUAUUUCAUACUGAAUCUCAAAGCAGUCAUUUGUUUUGAGAGUUAAGGGAAAGUUUUUCUGUUUUUGGGGUUUUUUUCUUAAUUCAAAUACAACUAAAAGUGGUUUGGAGAGUCGAGGGUGGGUAGGAAAAACCUUGAAAAGUGAUGUUUAGAUGAAAACAGAUGUGGGUGUUGGUUAUAGCGUUCAGUUUUAACAAGGGAAAUUUUGAGGUUUUUUUUUACUUGCAUGUUCUAUGGUUAACUAUCAAUGGGUAUUACAAGUUAUUCCAGCUUUUCCAGUAAUAAUUAUAUUGGUUUUAAGAAGUCUCCAUAAUCACAAUGUGGCAUUUUCCCUUCAUUUAUGAACCAAGAGGGGUAGAUGAUGCAACCUACACAGUGACUUCUACUUUGACAGAAUCCCUACUGUCUCAUUAAAUUUCUUAUUGUACUGUAUGUCUUGCCAAGUGUGAAACCAUAAUGUAGUUCAUGAAAAAUGGGAGGCUGCACAUCAUUUUGCAUGAAUUAAAGCCUAUUAGGGCUAACAAGACUGACGUGUUUUUCAAUUUUAAUGACAGACCGAUUUCACCAUUUACUAGCUUUGUGCAAUAUUAUAAAGGUAGAAGCAAAACACUAGCACGUCAUGCUUGGCUUUUAAGGAUGACUUUACCCUUUAUGUUAAAUGGACAGUGUGCACAGUGUAUUGUAAAUGCCAAUUCUUGCAAAUUUACAAUACCUAAAUAUGCUGUUAACAUUCUAAAGUAUUAAAAGUACAAAGAAAAAACUAAGCAAGCAUUUAUAGCAAUACUAUGAAAUCUCCAGUAAUUGUUUUGUUUGUUACCCUUUGCUCUUUAGUGCAACUUUUCUGCAUUGUAAUUAUUGUAUUGCUUUGUAUUUCAUGUUUUUUACACUCAUGACUUCAGAGUUAAGUACUUGUACAAGUAUUGCAAUCACCUUUCUCUUAUUGUACAUGCAAUGUAACAUCAUACAGUUUUGGUGCUUAACAAUAUUUUUUUUCUUUAAU